UUUAGUCUGAUGACGAUAUUAUACUAACGAACAUCUACGACCAUUUCAGAGAUUGAUAGGAGUGUUAGCUGCAAGUCGGGGAAAACAUGAACUUCGUCUAGUUUCAACUUUCAAGCACUGAACACACUGAAACCAAUUAACAUGGUCGAUGUUGGAAUGGAUGGAAAAAACACUACUUUCCUUCUUGACGAGUGGGAGAGGGACUUUCUCUCAGUAGUAAUGACGGUGAUGUUUGUUGCGGGAACCUCCGGAAACGUCAUGGUUCUCCUAGCCGUAGCCUUGUCGCGGAAGCUUCAAACCUCCACCAACACCUUCGUUGUCAGCUUAAGCGUGACAGAUCUCCUUGCGUCACUGAUUCAACCUCUUCAAGUUGCAGGAAUGCUUGGCAAAGAUGGUUGGCCACUCCCAGAUAUCGUCUGCAAGAUCGUUGCCGGGGUCGCCAUUACAUGCGUUUCGUGUAGCGUCAUCACCAUCUCGAUGAUAGGCGUCAAUCGUUUCGUACUCAUCACGAGAUCGAAAGAGGCAUACCAACGCGCAUUUUCGACCAAGUUCUUGGCUGCGAUGAUAAUAUUUUCUUGGAUGUACCCGAUCGUCACUUUGGUUCUACCUCAAGUGUCCGGGAAACAUGGUCGACUGGGGUAUGAUCCGUCAACCCGACUUUGCAUCUGGGAUUUCGCUCAUCCAAGCGCAAAGAUCUAUGUAGUCCUAGCUGCGGUAAUGUCAUUGACAACGUUCAACCUGACCCUCUUCAGCUAUCUCUUGAUCUUCAGGCACGUCAGGAACAGCGCCCUCAUCACAAGGUCCAAGUCUUCUGUCAUCAGCCGUCGACCAUCGGCUGUGGUGAGUCGUAAGCGCUAUCGGAAGCAGAUCGAGCUCGUGAUCACCAGAAACUUGCUCUACGUCAUCUGCGGAUUCUUCUGUUGCGUUAUCCCGUAUACCGGGCUGUUCCUUGCACUUCCGUUUCUUGAAGGGACGUGGUUGAGGCUAGGUCUUCACAUCUCAUCAUACGCUGCAGUUCUGCUCGUCUUGGACAGCUGUCUCAAUCCGGUCAUCUACGCGUGGAAGCACCCACACUUUAAAGUGGUCUUCGGAUGCAUGGUGCGUUGCAGAUGGCAAGACAUCCCAGAACCAUCGAAGUACUUGGCCAGAAUCCUUCGACAAGGUGGUCAUACCGUUAAGUCAUCAAUAACUUCUUAAUCAAACCAACGUGCAGGAACAAGUAUUUGAAAUAUAUUGGCACCAUCACAUGAUAGUUGAAAUGAACUGAAUACAACGAGACGAUUUUGUAGAAAAAAAUACCAUGACAUAGCAUUAUGAUAUUUGAUUGAAUGUAUAGGUAUAGAGUUAAGGUUGAAAGUACAGAAAUUUGUCCAAUGGACAAGGAGUUACAGCUUCAUUCUGAGUAUCAGGAGUGCAUGGUACAACUGAUAUUGUCAAUGAUGUUGUUUCUGUUGUUCAAUUCAAUUCAAAUAAACAUUUAUUUCCUUCUCACAAAUUUCUACAUUUUUCGUAAACAUAAAAUUUUGAUACAAAAAUCAGUUUGUCAUGAAGAGUAUAAAUAUAGACAUGUUAGGUUUAUCAUGUUUUUAGAAGAAGGCGUUACUGCUGCUGCUGCAGAAAUAUGGUCCAGUAGUGGGGGUGUCGUGAUCCAGUGGUUAUGACUCGUCUUUCAAUCUGAGGGACGUGGGCUAGAUUCAAUUGAGCCAUUGCGUGUGUUUUCCUUCAGCAAGAAAUGUACCCACAUUGUGCUGCACUCAACCCAGGUGAGGUGAAUGGGUACCCGAUAGGAAGAAAUUCCUCGAAUGCCAGAUCGCAUGUAUCAGCAGGGCUAUAGCCGGGGUAAUAAUAAUAACUUGACCGUAUUGCGCAGUUGAGUGUACAUGUAGAAAUUGCGCAAUAUAAGUGUACAAUAAUCAUCAUUAUCAAUAGUAGUAGAAUUGUCACUAUAUUAUACUGUAUCACUGUAUUUGAAUUGACGCAGUGUUGUGAUUUCAUCUCGUUAAAUCAGAUGGGUGCGAGCUCAAAUUCCACUCCAUCCCGCCUCUUGAUGGGGGCAUUUUUCUUUUCUCCUGGCAGAUAGUAUUGCAGAGAUCCUCAAGAAUUCCUUCUUUUUUAUCAUUUUUGUAAAUAAAAGAGAAUUUUUCCCGUAACAUGUGUUUACUUUUAGGAGAGUUGCCACGGCUCAUAUAUUAAUAAAUGCCCUAUUUUAUUAGGAUUAUAGAUGGAAAAAAAAUAGAUGGGAUGAUGAAUGUAUAUAUCAUUUAUUAAGGACAGGAUUAUGCUGUUAUCAUUCAUGUUCUAUUUAAAGAAGACAAACAUCCAGAUUUUUUUUCCCCGUCUGAGAAUGAUUCAUAUUUUGAUCAGACCUAGACAACGAUCCUCUUCAUACACCGGUCUCCCAGUGGACACGCCCUAAUAUUCAUGUCUCCAAGGCAUGAUUCAAAUCAAAACAUCACUUUGAUACAAAGAAAUCGUUAUUUCAUCUCUUGGGUUGUUCCUGGGGAUAACCAUCCGGUUUAUUUCCAAUUCGUCUAAUGCCAAUUCGUCUAAUAACCAGUUGGUAUAAUGUCCAUUUAGUCCAUAUA